CCAGUCCGCCGACAAAUUUGGACUCAACCAAUGGUCUGAAGGCGAUCAAAAGAUCAUCGACGGUCAUAAUUCAUUGCCAUCGGUGAUUUUUGUGCAUCAUUAAUGGGAUUGGGCCGUUUGUUAGUGGGUGAGGUGAGGACAAUGUAGACUGAGUUGAGGAGAAAGUGGCUCUACGCGGAAGGACUUGUUCACCUACAUUUGAAAACGAGAACACGAUUUGUUUUUAAAAUGAAUUAAAUCGUAAGUAAGAAAAAGAUUUUAAAAUGUAACGGAUUAGGACAGUUUGUUGUUUUUGACGAAUGGAAAACUAUGUUCCCUCCUACCCAGUUUUGGUUCUGAAUUUGUCUGGGACUCCAAUUUCGUGGCUGUUUCCUAAUGCCCACAUGCUUUUUCAAGUCAAAUCUCCAAACGCGCUCAAUUCAAUUUAUAAAAGGGGCUGAAAUUUUGACAGUGUUAGGGUGGUGUGAACGGUUCAGAUCUCCAGGUGCAGAAGAUUGUAAGAUUGGUAGUUUUAAUGAGACCUGAGUUCUUCAAAUUGGUUGCCCUGAAUUUUGUGCUCAGAGCCUGUGCAACCUGAAGAAGUGAAGUUGUGUGCAUGCAAUUCGAUUUGUGACUGUAAUCUUCCUUUUUAUUUAGAAGAUUUUGAAUUGUCCAGGAAUUUGAGUUUAAUAAAUAGUAGUGUUGGAAGUGGUAGGGAAAUCUAAUGAGUUGGGCAGCCAAAGAAGAAAAUAAAUAUUUACCUUAGGUUGUUCAGGAAUUCGUGUUUAAAAUCCCAUAUUGUUGUGCUUGAUUUAGGAAUAUAAUAGUUACGCAUCUGUCAAAGAGCUAUCAAUGAGAUUCUGAAGCUUCUCGAAAGAAGAGAGACAAAGGGUCUAUAAGAAUUUUGUUUUUCUCUGUGAAAUUGAAUAGGUACAGAGUGGGAUUUGUAGAGAAAAGUGUUUCUUUAACUGUGGAGAAAGUUGAGUAAAAAGACCAGUACUGUAAUCCUUCAUUAAGGAAUUCGAUGGUCUGUGCAUGUGUACAAGAAUCUGCAAUCAGUUUCUGAAGGUGUACCCACAAGAAGGAAUAGAAGAGGGUGUAUAAAAAUUCAGAGCGUUUUGUGAAAUUGGACCACUAGAUUGUCAAAUUGAUAGGGAACAUAAUUUGUUUCUGUAGGGAUGGGUUUGGAUAGAGAUCUUUAUGGGACAACAGAUCAGCAAGGUGAGAAUGGGAUUGAAAUGGAGGUUCCUGGUGCUGACAGAGUUGCGUUUAGUGGACCUAUGAGUGGACCUCUGAGCGGUCCACUGAGCGGUCCGCUGAACAAAAGAGGAGGCAGGAGGAGUGCCAAGUUUAAUGUACCUGAGACUUCUACAAGCUCUGGUGGUGCAGAAGAUGGGUAUGUGGAGAUUACUUUGGAUGUGAGGGAUGACUCUGUUGCAGUCCACAGUAUCAAGGCUGCUGGACAAGACAUGGAGGACCCUGAGAUGACACUGUUAGCUAAGGAUCUGGAAAAGAAAACCUCAUUUGGAUCAUCUAUGAUGAGGAACGCUUCUGCAAGGAUAAAACAGGUUUCUCAAGAGCUCCGACGCCUUGCAUCAGUGACAAAGAGGACAUCUCAUCCUACUGGAAUGCUUGAUCGGAACAAAUCAGGAGCCCAUCAUGCAUUGGUAGGACUCAAAUUUAUCGCCAAGACCACUGGAUCCGCUGAGUGGAACAAGGUUGCUCAGAACUUUGAUGAGUUCGCGGAGAAUGGAUUACUUCCACGGGCUUGCUUUGGCCAAUGCAUAGGGAUGAAGGACUCGAAGGAGUUUGCGGGCGAAUUGUAUGAUGCACUUGCUAGAAGGAGAAACAUUUCAGCCCCUGGCAUUACAAAAUCUGAACUGAAGGAAUUUUGGGAGCAGAUUUCUGAUCAGAGUUUUGAUUCUAGACUUCAAACAUUCUUUGAUAUGGUUGACAAGAAUGCCGAUGGCCGUAUCACUGAAGAAGAAGUCAAGGAGGUUAUCAUGCUAAGUGCAUCUGCAAACAAACUAUCCAAGCUAAAAGAGCAAGCCGAGGAGUACGCAGCACUCAUCAUGGAAGAGUUAGAUCCAAAUAAUUUGGGAUACAUUGAGGUUCAGAGUCUGGAGACGUUGCUACUACAGGGUCCAGGAGAAGCUAUCAAGCCAGGCAACAGUACCCAAAUGUUGAGCCAAAUGCUGAGCCAAAAAUUGGGUCACACACAAAUGAGAAAUCCAAUUCAACGAUGGUGGCAGAAGACACAAUACUUUGUAGAAGAUAACUGGAAGCGUGUAUGGAUUCUGCUCCUCUGGUUCUCCAUAGUAGCAGGGCUAUUUGCAUGGAAAUUCAUACAAUACAAGCACAGAGCAGUAUAUCAUGUGAUGGGUUACUGUGUGUGCACUGCUAAGGGAGCUGCAGAGACGCUCAAAUUUAACAUGGCAUUAAUUUUGCUACCUGUUUGUCGAAACACCAUCACAUGGCUCCGUAAUAAGACCAAGCUUGGUGUUGCAGUUCCAUUUGAUGACAACCUUAAUUUUCACAAGGUUAUUGCAACAGCAAUAGCAAUAGGAGUUGGACUUCAUGCAGGAGCUCAUUUAACAUGUGAUUUUCCCCGUCUUCUUCAUGCAACCGAUGCUGAAUAUGAACCUAUGAAACCAUUUUUUGGAGACGAAAGGCCACCUGAUUACUGGUGGUUUGUUAAAGGGGUUGAAGGCGUUACAGGUAUAAUUAUGGUGGUGCUCAUGGCAAUUGCGUUUGUCCUUGCCACUCCCUGGUUUAGAAGGAAUAGGCUGAAUCUUCCAAAAUUCAUGAAGAAGCUUACAGGAUUCAAUGCCUUCUGGUAUUCCCACCAUUUGUUUGUAAUUGUAUAUGCACUACUGAUAGUCCAUGGAAUAAAGCUGUAUCUCAGCCACAAAUGGUACAAGAAAACGACAUGGAUGUACCUCGCAAUUCCAGUGUUGAUAUAUGGUGCAGAACGAAUAGUGAGAGCCUUCAGAUCAGGAUACAAAUCUGUUAAAAUGAUCAAGGUAGCCAUUUAUCCAGGCAACGUUCUGGCUCUGCAAAUGUCAAAACCUCAAGGUUUCAAGUACAAAAGUGGGCAAUAUAUGUUCGUUAACUGCCCUGCAGUAUCACAGUUUGAAUGGCAUCCUUUCUCAAUAACAUCAGCUCCAGGAGACAGUUAUUUGAGUGUGCAUAUUCGGACCUUGGGUGAUUGGACAAGAACGCUGAAAACUGUUUUCUCAGAGGUUUGUGAGCCUCCUAUGGGUGGCAAGAGUGGUUUACUGAGAGCUGACUUAAUGCAAGGAGAAAACAAUCCAAGAUUCCCAAGAUUGUUGAUAGAUGGACCUUAUGGUGCUCCUGCACAAGACUACAAGAAAUAUGAUGUCCUCCUACUUGUGGGAUUAGGCAUUGGUGCUACUCCCUUCAUAAGCAUUGUGAAAGACAUUGUCGACAACAUGAAACAGAAGGAUGAAGAAGAUGAUAUAGAGAAUGGAGGGAAACAAAAGAAAAAAUCCUUUAACACAUCUCGUGCAUAUUUCUAUUGGGUUACUAGAGAGCAAGGCUCAUUUGAAUGGUUCAAGGGAGUUAUGAAUGAAGUUGCAGAAUCUGAUCAAAAGGGGGUCAUAGAACUUCACAAUUACUGUACCAGUGUUUAUGAGGAGGGAGAUGCCAGAUCUGCAUUGAUUGCCAUGCUCCAAGCUCUUAAUCAUGCAAAGAAUGGGGUGGAUAUUGUAUCAGGCACAAGAGUAAAAACACAUUUUGCCAAACCAAAUUGGAGAAAGGUGUUCAAGGGCGUUGCUUUGAAGCAUCCAAAUAAAACAGUUGGAGUGUUCUACUGCGGUGCUGCAGGGCUUGUAGCGGAAUUGAAGCAACUUUCAUUGGAUUUCACUCGUAAAACUAACACUAGAUUCGACUUCCACAAAGAAAACUUUUGAUGAAAUUUGUCAUAAGUAUUCAUUAAGCAACAGAGAAGGAUACGUUUUGGCUUCAAUGCAGCACAUCUUGCAAAGCAGGCGAGCCAGUGCCAUUUCUGUUAUGGUUUAGGUUGCAACCCAGAGUAGUUACCAGAGAUCAGCUUCAACAAAAGAUUUCACUAUAGCAAAUAUUAGCUUGAAGUCCAAGCUUUGAAGCUGUGUACAUGAAAUGAUGUAUAUUAGUUAAACUCAUUUUUUUAAAGUAAAAUUGUUGUUGAUUUCUUA